CUAUAUUUAACCGCUAGGCGAACAAACCCGAUAGAGAACAGUGUGUUUGUGUGCGUUUAUUCCUUUUCCACCGCCAGUGUCACAGAACAACAGCAAACAAAGCCUUCCAUCCGGAUAAUUUCUUAAAAAGAAAAAGUAAUCAAUAAAUAAAUAAAAUGCGAGGACCCGAGUUUUCUUCGCUUUACUGAACAAACAAACAGCACACUCGAAUUCCACCCGAAAAAAAAAAAAAGAACAUUUCCGUUCAUUCACUCCGUUAAACAAUCUCACUCCGGUGUACUUCCGUUAAUAAAACGACCUUAAACGCCGAUUUUAGGGUUUAGAAUUUUCGAUUCUGUUGUCUUCUAAUCGGAUUGCGUCAUGUUCACGCCACAAAGAAGGUCAUCUCCAGCGAUUACCACGUUAACACCACGAAGCGAGGUGCGUAAAAGCGGUGCCACCGGAAAUGUAGGGAAAGGUAAAGCGAUGACGUUUAUUGAUGGCCCUACUUUGCUGCCUCCUCCUCCUCCUCCGCCUGUGGCGUCGCUGAGUGGAAAUGCGGAGGCGGAAACUGAAGAUAUGGAAGAUUGGAGGCGGUUUAAGGAAGCUGGUUUAUUAGAUGAAGCGGUUAUGGAGAGGAAGGACCGACAGGCGCUUAUAGAGAAGGCUUCAAGGCUCGAAAAGGAGCUUUUUGAUUAUCAGUAUAAUAUGGGGCUUUUACUGAUUGAGAAAAAAGAAUGGACAUCGAAAUUUGAUGAAUUAAGGCAAGCGUUAGCAGAAGCAGAGGAGAUUCUCAGGCGAGAGCAGUCAGCGAACAUAAUUACAUUUUCCGAAGCUGAGAAGCGGGAGGAAAAUUUAAGGAAAGCUUUGGGUGUCGAGAAACAGUGCGUGAUUGAUCUUGAAAAGGCUUUACGUGACUUGCAAGAGGAGCGUGCACAGAUCAAGCAUGCUUCUGAAUCAAAAUUGGCUGAUGCAAAAGCUCUAUCUGUUGGAAUAGAAGAGAAAUCGCUGGAGGUAGAAGAAAAGAUGCAUGCUGCUGAAGCCAAGCUUACAGAAAUUAACAGAAGGAGUUUAGAGGUGGAUAUGAAAUUGCAAGAGGUGGAAGCUCGAGACAGCAUGCUUCAGAGGGAGCGCCUCUCCUUAAAUACUGAGAGAGAAGCACACCAGGCAACCUUUUACAAACAGAGAGAAGAUUUACUUGAGUGGGAGAAAAUACUAAAGAAAGGGGAAGAGAGGCUAUGUGAGCUUCAGAAAACCCUCAACCAGAGAGAAAAUGAAGUUAAUGAAAGUGACAGGAUUCUUGAGCAGAAAGAAAGGGAUCUAGAGAACACUGAAAAGAAGAUUGAUAUUUCAUCUGCGAAGUUGAAGGAGAGGGAGGAUGAUAUAAAUAAUCGGCUAUCAGAUUUGGCUGCAAAAGAAAAGAAAGCUGACUGUACACAAAGCAUUUUAGAGGUGAAGGAGAAGAACUUACUUGCACUGGAAGAAAAGCUUAAUGCUAGAGAAAAAAUGGAAAUUCAGGAACUCCUGGAUGAGCAUAGAGCCACUCUAGUUGCUAAAAGGCAGGAGCUUGAGCUGGAACUGGAGGAAAGGAGGAAAAUUCUAGAUGAAGAAUUGAGAAGCAAGGUUGAGGCGUUGGGGCAGCGUGAAGUUGAAGUCCUUCAUGGGGAAGAAAAGUUGAGGAAACGAGAGCAAGCUUUGGAUAAGAAGGCAGAAAGAGUGAAAGAGAAAGAAAAGGAUCUUGAUAUGAAAUUAAAAAAUGCAAAGGAGAAAGAGAAGUCUAUGAAGGCCGAGCAGAAAAAAUUGGAGCUUGAACAGAAAACAUUGCUUGCUGAGAGAGAUAGCCUGCAGAAUCUCAAAGAUGACUGUGAGAAGAUAAGAUCUGAAAUUUCUAACCAGGAACAACAGAUUGGUGAAAAGAGCGAGAAUCUUAAAUUAACUAAUGACGAGAGGUUAGAGCACCUCCGCUUGCAGGCAGAAUUGAAGCAGGAGUUGGAGAAGUGCAGGCAUCAGGAGGAAUAUAUUUUGAAAGAAGCUGAAGAAUUGAAAGAAGAGAGGAAGAAUUUUGAAAAGGAGUUAGAAGUGCUAGAAGAGAAAAGAGCUCAACUUAGUAAGGAGCUGAAUGAAAUUACUGAAGAGAGAGAGAAAUUCAAGCAGUUGCAGUACACGAUGGAAGAAAGGCUAAAGAAAGAGGAAAAUGCAAUGAAAGAGUACACUCAAAAGGAGUUGGAGACUGUUAGAGUGGAAAAGGAAUAUUUUGAAAUGAGAAAGAGGAAUGAGCAACAGGUUAUAUCUAAACAAGCUAAAACAGAGCAUGAUCAGAUGGUGCAAGACUUUGAAUCACAGAGAAGCACUUUUGAGGCUGAUCUGGUUAGCAGGCGAGAGGAAAUGGAGAAAGGCUUGCGAGAAAGGGAGAGGGCAUUCCAGUUGCAGAGGGAUAGAGAAUUGAAGGAAAUAAAUUACUCAAAAGAAGCUGCUCAAAAAGAAUUGGAAGAAAUACGCAUUGAAAGACAUGUUAUAGAAAAGGAAAAGCAAGAAGUUGCAAAGAACAAGGAGGAGCUAGAUGGACAGCAAUUUGGAAUGCGAAAAGAUAUUGAUGAGCUCGUAAUGCUUAGCAACAAGCUUCGAGACCAACGGGAACAGGUUAUCAGGGAAAGGAAUCACUUUCUUGCAUUUGUUGAGAAGCAUAAGAGUUGCAAAAAUUGUGGGGAUGUCACUGCAGAGUUUAUACUUUCUGAUCUCCUGCCACCAGACAUGGAAGAUCGGAAGAUCCUUCUCCUGCAGGAGCGAGCUGAUGAAUUGAGGGAUGUUCAAGAUAGUCCCGGUGCUCUGAAUGUUAAAAAAUCGCAAGGUGAACUUGAUUUGAAUUCUCAAGAAUGUGUGUCUUGGUUCCGCAAAUGCACUUCAAAGAUUUUUAGCAUUUCUCCUAAAAAGAUUGAGCAGGUUUUAGCUCCCGUAUUGGCAGAAGAAAAGACUGAUGCAUUAGGUACACUUGCCCGCAAAGAAGCUAGCAGGAAUGGUGUUCCUGGAGAUGAAUCUCGACCGUCAUUUGGGACAACACAUGAUUCCGUAGAAAUUCAGCAGCUCCAGUUUGACAGCAUUAAGGUCGAGGGAGAUGGCAAUUCCAUUUCUUUUGAUGACCACAGUAAUGUGGACAGUAAGGUAGAGGAUUCCGGACCAUCGAAGCUGAAGAGUAGUCAGCGUAAACCUGGGAAGAGACGCAAGGGUGGAUUAAAUAGAACUCGGUCAGUAAAAGCGGUGGUUGAAGAUGCAAAGCUUUUCCUUGGGAAGAGCGCAGAAGAGCCUGAAUAUAUCAGCGAUGAAAGCCGAGGCAUUAGCACUCAUACAGAGAAGUUAGCUAGCAACAUUCCAAGGAAGAGGGAACGGACACCAGCAGAAAGUGAGCAGAAUGCUGGUGAUAGCGAAGGAUUUUCAGACAGUGUCACAACUGGUGGGCGCAGGAAGAGGCGACAAAUGGUGGUUCCAACCAUUACUCCAGGGCAAAAGCGAUACAAUUUGAGGCGGCACAAAGUUGCAGGAACAACUUCCAGGGACCAAGCAUUGUCUGGCUCGGUAAAGACUGGGGAGAAAGAAAGUGAUGGUGGUGAUGCUGCAGAACCAAUACCAAAACCUGAAACUGUUUCUGCUUUGUCGCUUGGAGUUGCUAGUGAAACUGAAAAAUCUACUGAUUUGGUCAAGGUCACAACAAUGAAACAUGUGGAAUUCUCAUUGGAUAGGAUAGCUAGGUUCAGCACAGAAAACGUUAAUGACCAGGCUGAUGCCACAAAGUCAGUUGAGAUUACAGAGUUGAGUGAGGAAGUAAAUGAUACAUCAGAAUAUGGGGUUGAAGAUGAAAAUGGUAGCACAAUCCAUGAGGACACUCAAGAGGAUUGCGAUGAUGAUGAUGAGUCAGAGCAUCCUGGUGAAGUUUCUAUAGGGAAAAAGAUCUGGACCUUCUUUACAACAUAAUUGGUGCUCUGGACUUCAUCUUUCGCUUUAAAGUUACUUGCUAAGAGAACCCUUUUUCAUUCGAUGUCCGGCUAGUUCUGUUUUCAUAUAACCAAUGGUAUAUGCUUUUUCAGAUAACUCAUGCAUGUUAUUCAUCCAUCAUUGGAGUAGCAUCUACCAAGUUGUAUGGUGGAAUCUGCUGUCCUCUAUAAAGCAAAUAGGGGGAGGCACACUCGGUGGCAAUAGGUGAACUUAUCAGAUAAAAUGCUCCGAUCCUCUCUUCUUUCACACGCUGAAAAGGAUGCAUAAGGCUAUUUACUUGGCGUUGGGAAUGUUUGGCGAAAUUAGUAAAUGAGUCUGGUUAAAGUUGUAGGAAGUAUAGUGAACAGUUCCUUACAGGCUUUUAACCAAACAUGUCAUCAUGCAGCACCGAUAUUUCAUCAAAGACAGGAUUUGUUGUUCGUGUCUUAUUAUGGUUUUGCAUGUUAUGCCGGAUCGGACCUCACUCUUUUAUCCCCUGCGAAGGGUCUUAGCUCAUUAACAUGUAUAAUGUGAAGUGAAUUUUCAAGAUGGAGAAAAUUCCCAUCGUUAACUAGGCAUUAUACUAUUUCUGACUAGAGAGAGGACUGAGAUCGGAGAGGAGCAGCUCUUUUCUUUUUGACAGAAAGCAGUGUUAAAUGUGUAACAUUUUAUGUUUUAUGAAAAACCAAAUAUUACUUGAAGAAUUCUUUUGAGUUUUUAAAAUAUUGAACAGUUGGUUAUUA